AAGAAGAGACAGACGUUGAAUGCAUAAAGCAGAAGAAGAAAUAAAAUAAAGUUUUAAAAUCACACACACACACAAAAUAAAAAAUAAAAAUAAAAUCAGUUUUCUCUACUUUCGUCGAUGCUUCGAGAUUUAUUCUAUCUUUGAUUGCUCGACUCGUGUAGCUCCAAUCUGGUAUAUUUUUUGUCGAUUUUGUUGAUUUUGAUAGUAAUAAAGUGUGAUGGCGUCGAUGGUUGCCAAGGCGUGUAAUAGUAAUUCGAGUCAGUUGUCGUCGAUAUCAGUGCAGGAGAAAGGGAGUAGGAAUAAGAGGAAGUUUAGAGCUGAUCCGCCGGUUUCGGAUGCGAGUAAAACGGUUUCGGUGCCGUUGAGUGAUUGUUCGAGUUAUGAGUUUUCGGCGGAGAAGUUGGAUAUUAUGCAAAAUCAUGGGCAUUCUGGGGGGUGUGAUAUGUGUCAUGUGAGUGAAGGACAUGCUGAUGCGUUGAAACUUGAUCUUGGAUUGGCGUGUGCUGUUGGGCCGUUUGAGGCUGGGACGAGUAAGGUUAAGGAGGAGAAUGUGGUGCACGAUGAGGUUCAUGAUGCGGAUUGGAGUGAUCUUACGGAGUCUCAGUUGGAGGAGCUUGUUUUGAAUAAUUUGGAUACGAUUUUUAAGAGUGCGAUUAAAAAGUUAGUGGAUUGUGGUUAUACCGAAGAGUUUGCUACUCGGGCUGUUUUGAGGUCUGGUCUUUGCUAUGGGUGUAAAGACACUGUGUCGAACAUAGUGGAGAAUACUUUAGCAUUUUUAAGAAAUGGCCAGGAGCUUGAUCCAGCAAGGGAGCAGGAUUUUGAUGAUUUACAGCAGAUGGAGAAGUAUAUAUUGGCCGAAUUGGUUUGUGUUAUUCGUGAAGUCAAACCUUUUUUCAGUACUGGGGAUGCGAUGUGGUGCUUGCUGGUGUGUGACAUGAAUGUCUCACUUGCCUGUGCAAUGGAGAGUGAUUCUUUCGGUAGUUUUCUGGGUGAUGGGGUUCCAAAUGGUGCUGUGACUGCUCCUGUUCAACCGCAAGCAAGAACUGAGGCAAGAGGUUCUGAAAACCUUCAAAUUUCUGGUAGACAGAACCCGUCAUUUGCCUGUGCUUGUCAUUUCCCAUCUGAAUCAUCUAUCAUGGCUACAGUCCCUUGUCUGCAUAACUCUCCUGAGGCACCAACUAUGACUGUGCGUUCAAACUUCAAGCCUAGAAAUUCGUCUGCUCAGAAUGGACUUGUCGCAGAGAAGGAAACUGCAGGCUCUAUUGAAAAACCAUUUACUGCUGUUGGACCAACCCAUUCUUCGGCUUCUGAAGAAAAAUUCAUUGGCAGCAGAAAGAUCUCUGGUAUAACUAAAAGAGAGUACAUACUCCGGCAUAAGUCGAUUCAACUGGAGAAAAGUUACCGUACUUAUGGAUCCAAAGGUGGCUCUAGGGCAGGAAAACUCAGUAGUUUUGGUGGUUUAAUUUUGGAUAAAAAAAUAAAGUCCGUGGCAGAUUCUACAGGUCUAAGUGUAAGAAAUGCCACCUUAAAGAUUAGCAAGGAAAUGGGAACCUGUUUGCCUCAGGACACCUUGCACAAUGAUCUUUUGAAUACAAAUGGUCUGCCUCCGACAUUCAGUCUGGAUACUGUUAAUAAUACUAUUUCGUCAAUACCUAAGACUAAUUUUGUAUCAGCAAUACCUACAAUCAGUGACCAAAAUUCACUACCAGCACCUGAUACUGAGCUCUCUCUCUCACUGUCGUCAAAAAACAACAGUGUACCAAUGCCUGCCAGCUGCAGUUCUGGGGCUCCAAAAUUUGGCUAUUCUGGAUUCCCCAAUGAGAAGCCAGCAGGACAGUGGGUACCUCAAGAUAAAAAAGAUGAAAGCAUUAUGAAGCUGGCUCCAAGGGUGCGUGAAUUACAAAAUCAAAUGCAGGAAUGGACAGAAUGGGCUAAUCAGAAGGUUAUGCAGGCUGCUCGUAGAUUGAGCAAAGAUAAGGCUGAACUUAAGACACUUAAACAAGAGAAAGAAGAAGUGGAGCGCCUUAAGAAGGACAAGCAAAAUUUGGAGGAGAACACAAUGAAAAAACUAUGCGAGAUGGAAAAUGCUUUAUGCAAGGCAAGUGGGCAGGUGGAGCGGGCUAAUGCUGCUGUCCGUAGGCUGGAGGUGGAGAAUUCAACAUUGAGACAAGAGAUGGAGGCUGCAAAAUUACAAGCAGCACAGUCUGCUGCAAGCUGUCAGGAGGUGUCAAAGAGGGAGAAAAACACGCUGAUGAAAAUUCAGUCAUGGGAGAAACAAAAACUCAUGUUUCAAGAGGAGCUAGUAGCAGAGAAACACAGGAAAACACAGUUGCAACAUAAAUUGGAGCAGGCUACUGAACUUCUGGAUCAUCAAGAGGCUAGAUGCAAACGGGAAGAAAUGGCUAUUGAAGAGCUGCUUACACAAGCCAUGUCACUAAAGAAAGAGAGAGAACAAAGUGAAGUUUCAGCUAAAUCAAAGGAAAAUAUUAUUCGGGUGAAAGCAGAAAAGAAACUACAGAAGUUCAAAGAUGAUAUCGAAAAGCAUGAGAAAGAGAUCUCUCAGCUUAGAUCAAAGAUGGACUCUUCCAAAAUAGCUGCACUAAGGAAAGGCAUUGACGGAAGUUAUGCCAGCAGAUUAAUAGAUUCUCAAACUCCAACCAAGGAGUCCACAAAAUCUUAUAGUUCGAGAAUGGUAAAUAAUUUUGAGGACCAUUCUGGAGCGGGAGGUGUCAAACGUGAACGCGAGUGUGUGAUGUGCUUGUCUGAGGAGAUGUCCGUGGUUUUCCUCCCAUGUGCCCAUCAGGUUGUGUGUACAACUUGCAAUGAGCUUCACGAAAAACAAGGCAUGAAAGAUUGCCCUUCAUGCAGGAGCACCAUCAUAAAACGAAUUCCUGUCCAUUUUUCUCGCUCUUAAAUUAUUCUAGAUACCGAGUGGGUUUUCCUAAUAAUAAGUGUGUCUCUUAUGAAAGUGAAUAAUGCUCAGUACCUUUCUCAAGGUAUAAACUUGUGAGCUUGCUAUUUGUGAAUGCUUUAUAAAGAAAAAAUAUACUGCAUUAUGUUUGGAUUGUUUAA